UUCCGUUGCCGUGUCUCUGCGCGACGUAGAGUUAUUUGACUUCUCCCCAAAUUUGCGUUGAAACGUGAUAAAUAUUUUGUCCCGGUCGGGUUUCAAAUAUUUGUCAUCGCCGGCGUGCAACGUCUGCGACGAGCUAGCGGGCGAACGAAGAGCGCAAGGACGGUUGCAAUGGCGACUGUUGGCAGUAGUUUUGUGAACAAAAUGUAUAAGUUGUGUUUCCACGCCGCACUGCGGACGACACGACUUAGAGCGUGGAGGCUGCUUCAACACAGAACAUUUAGAGUCAAUGCGGCGUCCAGGCAGCAGCCCUUCGACUCCACGCUGGAGAAGCCCCAGUUUCCCGGGGCUUCAGCCGAGUACGUGGACCACCUGGAGUUCAUCGAGCCCAACGUCAUCUCGGGCAUCCCCGUAUACCGCGUGAUGGACCGCCAGGGCAACAUCAUCGACCCCUCGCAGGACCCUCAGCUCUCCAAAGAAACGGUUCUCAACUUCUACCAGAAGAUGACGCUGCUGAACACCAUGGACCGCAUCCUGUACGAGUCCCAGAGACAGGGGAGGAUUUCCUUCUACAUGACCAACUACGGCGAAGAGGGCACGCACAUCGGCAGCGCCGCCGCCCUGGACCCCAGCGACAUGGUCUUCGGUCAAUACCGAGAAGCGGGUGUGCUGAUGUACCGCGGCUUCCCCCUGGACUCCUUCAUGGCUCAGUGCUACGCCAACGCAGACGACCUGGGCAAAGGGCGCCAGAUGCCCGUCCAUUAUGGCUCUCGGGACCUCAACUUUGUCACCAUUUCGUCUCCACUGGCCACGCAGAUCCCGCAAGCGGUGGGAGCGGCGUACGCCUUCAAGAGAGAGAGCAUCAACAGAGCAGUGAUUUGCUAUUUCGGCGAGGGAGCCGCCAGCGAGGGCGACGCCCACGCCGGCUUCAACUUCUCGGCCACGCUGGAGUGCCCCAUCAUAUUCUUCUGCCGCAACAACGGCUACGCCAUCUCUACCCCCACCAACGAGCAGUACCGAGGAGACGGCAUCGCCGCUCGCGGGCCGGGGUACGGCAUGAUGUCCAUCCGCGUGGACGGCAACGACGUCUUCGCCGUCUACAACGCCACCAAGGAAGCUCGCCGCAGAGCUGUGGCGGAGAACCAGCCCUUCCUCAUCGAGGCCAUGACGUACAGGAUCGGCCACCACAGCACGAGCGACGACAGCUCGGCGUACCGCUCGGUAGACGAGGUGAACUACUGGGACAAGCAGGACCAUCCCAUCUCACGCCUGCGCCACUACAUGAGCGCGCGGGGGUGGUGGAGCGAGGACGACGAGAGGAGCUGGCGCAAGGAGUCCCGUAAGAGGGUCAUGGAGGUGUUUGAGCGCGCAGAGAAGCGUCUCAAGCCCAACCCGGAGCUGCUCUUCAGCGACGUCUACCUGGAAGAGACGCCCGCUCUCAGCAAGCAGCGCCAGGCACUCCUGCGCCACCUGCAGCAGUACAAGGAGCACUACCCCCUGGACCUCUAUGACCACUGACUGCUGCCUUAACACUUUGUCAGUUCACACUAACAAACUUACUAUGUACUGACUUCACACUGACAAAAUUAUGUAGAUUUGCUGUAAAAAAAAAAAAAAAAUACCAGCUUAGUUGCUGGAAUUUUACUGUAAAAAUUAAAAGAUGUACCAGUUUUCCUGCACUGUAGAAUAUAAAUAGAUUUUACAGUAAAUGCCUGUCAGAAUUUUACUAUAAAAAUAACAGCUACCAAGUUUCCUGCACGGUAGAAAAAAGGAUUUUACAGUAAAAAAACAAAAAAGACUAAAAGUAAAAAUGUUUUACCAGUUUUUCUGCAUUAAAAUAAUGAGAAUUUAGUUAAAAAAAAAAAAACCGCCAGAAUUUUACUGUAAAACUAGUUUUACCAGUUUUCCUGCACAGAAGAAAAUGAGAAUUUACAGUUAAAAAAAAAAAAAAACCUGCCAGAAUUUAACUGUAAAAUAAGUUUAGAUUUUACAACAAAACAAUGGCAGAUUUAGGGUUUUUACUCCGUUCUACUUUGCAUUUUUUCUGUGAGCUAUCAGUUUGUUACUGUAAAAUCUACAGUUGAGUGAGUUACUGUAAAUGGAAAAAUGGUAGCACUUUACAGUAAAAAUCUGUUUGAGUUGCCUUUUUUUUUUUUUUUUUUUACAGAAAACUUCCAAUGGGUUUUGGUUUAAAUUACAGUAAAAAGUCUGGCGGUAAUUCUUACUGUAAAAUUCUGCAACUAACCCAUUAGUUUUUAGACUACUGCCGGGGUUUUUUUACCGUAAAAUCUCCAGUGGUUUUUACAGUGCGUUAUUGUAAAUGGAAAAAACGUACUGCUGAAAUUUUUACCGUAAAACUGGCGACUGAGUUGCCAGUUUUUUUUACCGUAAAAUGUAAGGAUUUUUUUCUCCGAUGUGUUACUGUAAAUUAAAAAAAAUCUGUGCCAGUUUUUAUUUAAAAAAAAAAUACCAGCUUAGUCGCUGGAAUUUUACUUAAAAAAAAUAAGAUGUACCAGUUUCCUGCAUUGUAGGAAAUAAAAAGAUUUUACAGUAAAAACCUGUCAAUUUUACUGUAAAAAUAAAAGCUACCCGGUUUCCUGCACUGUAGAAAAUAGGAUUCUACAGUAAAAAAAAUUACCUGCCCGAAUUUUACAGUAAAAAUAAGAGGUACUGUGAAAUAAGUCUAGAUUUUACACCAAAAACAAUGGCAGAAUUUUGGGGUUUUUACUCUGACCUACUGUGCAUUUUUACUGUAAAACUUUGGCACCUGAGCUAUCAGUUUACCGCAAAAUUUAAAAGUACCUUUUUUUGUUCGUGCAUCACUGUAAAUUUAAAUUUUACAGUAAAAUUCUGGUGACCCAGCUGCCAGUUUUACUGUAAAAUUUACAGUCAUUUUUACAGUGCAUUACUGUAAAUGGAAAAAUUUUAGCAGUUAUUUUUACAGUAAAAAAUCUGCUGUUUGAGUUGCCAAUUUUUUUUCACAGAAAAAUUCCAAUUGGUUUUAAUUCAAAUUACUGUAAAUAAAGUCUGGCUGUAAUUUUUACUGUGAAAUUUUUCGACCAAGCCAUUAGAUUUUAGAGCAAGGACUUUUUUCAGUGCAUUAAAAAAAUGGUUGCCGUAAAACUUUGUCUUCCUUUUUUUCCACUGUGUUACUGUAAACAGAAAAACACUACCACUUAAUUUUACAGUAUAAUUCUAGAGACCAGUCACCUAUUUUUUUCCGGCUGUUUUUACAGUGCAUUACAGCAAAUGGAAAAACCUUAUCGCUGGUAUUUUUACUGUAAUAAUCCAAUUAACGCUGCUUUUUUACCUUAAAAUUUACAAUGGUUUGAAUCCAAAUUUCGUAAAAAAUAAAAUUUGUACUGUAAAAUUCUGGCUACCAGGUUUUUUCCCCAGUGCAUUACUGUAAAAUAAAAAAAUGGUACGACUGUCAUUUUUACAGUAAAAUUCCAGCGAAUGAGCUGUCAGUUUUUACCGUAAAAUUUCCAGUUGUUUACAGUGCGUUAGUAUAAAUGGAAAAACUGUAGGGCCGUUUUUACAGUAAAAAUCUGGCGACAAGUGUACGUUUUUUUUUUACUUCAAAAUCUCCAGUGGUUUUUACAGUGCGUUACUGCAAAUGGAAAAACGCUUCAGUCCAAAUUAGUGCAAAUUGAAAAACCAAACCGUUGAAAUUUUUACUGUAAAACUGUGGCGACGGAGUUGCCAGUUUUUUUUACCAUAAAAUCAAAGGAUUUUUUUUCUCCUGUAAAUUUAAAAAAUUCAGUGCCCGUUUUUACAGUAAAAAUCCGGCGUACGAGCUGCCGUUUUUCCCCCCGUCUUUUUUACAGUGCGUUGCUGUAAAUGGAAAAACUGUAGCACCGUUUUUAUGGUAAAAAUUUGGUGACCAGUCUACCGUUUUUUUUUUUGACCGCAAAAUCUCCAGUGGUUUUUACAGUGCGUUAUUGCAAAUGGUAAAACGCUCCAGUCCAUCCAUCCAUCCAUUUUCCUACCGCUUGCCCCUUUUGGGGUUGUGCAGGGUGCUGGAGCCGAUCUCAGCUGCAUGGAAGUCAUUAGUGGAAACGGAAAAACCGUACUGCUGAAAUUUUUACUGUAAAACUGUGGUGACAGUUGCCAAUUUUUUUACCGUAAAAAUUAAGGAUUUUUUUUCCCUCCGAUGCAUCACUGUAAAUUAAGAAAACAAUAGUACCACUGUUUUUAUAAAGAAAAAAAAUAAAUACCAGCUUAGUCGCUGGAAUUUUACUGUAAAAAAUAAAAGAUGUACCGGUUUUCUUGCACUGUAGAAAAUAAAAAGUUUAUACAGUAAAAACCUGACGGAAUUUUACUAUAAAAACAAGAGCUACAAAGCUUCCUGCACUGUAGAAAAUAGGAUUUUACAGUUAAAAAAAGCCAAUUUUACUGUAAAAAUAAGUUGUACCAAUUUUCCUGCACUGAAGAAAAUGAAAAUUUACAGUAAAAAAAAUAAAACCUGCCAGAAUUUUACUGUAAAAAUAAGAGCUACUGGAAAAGUCUAGAUUUUACACCAAAAAAAGGCAACAUUUUGGGGUUUUUACUCUGACCUAAUGUGCACUUUUAGUGUAAGACUUUGGCACCUGAGCAAUCAGUUUACCAUAAAAUCUAAAAAGGACCUUUUUUGUUUGUGCAUCAAAUUUAAAUUUGACAGUAAAAAUUCUGGUAAAAAUCCGGCGAAUGAGCUGCCAGUUUUUUUUCCCUGUCGUUUUUACAGUGCGUUUUUGUGAAUGGAAAAAUGGUACCACGUUAUUUUUACGGUCAAAAAGUUUUUUUUUGCAGUGCACAUGUAGUAGGUCUUUUUGUCGGGAGAUGGUCACGGGCGUUAGGUCACUGGUCUGGUGGAUCCUUUCACGCGGUUUUUGUGGACAAUAAAAAGCAUGCAGGUGGAUCAUA